AUGGGACACCCCGAGAUAUCUGAAGACACCUUUGGCUAUGAGUCAAAAACAACACUCGGUCUCCGGAAUAGUAUCGACGAUGUAACGCCCAUCCCAGCGCAGGAGAGCAGACUGCAACUAUUCGAAACCCAACCUUCGCCCGAAGAACAACAAUGGACACCCGAUCUGCGAGACUGGCUGGUGUUCGUCAACAUACUCAUUCUUGCGAUGAUGGACACUUUCGAUGCGACAGUGAUGAUGCCAGUUCUACCAGAACUCGCCAAUCACUUUGACAAACCCCUUGUCAGCACUCUUUGGGUUAACACAGUGUAUCUCAUCGUCAGCGCUGCCAGCCAACUUUUCUUCACAAUGAUGUGUGAUGUUUUCAGUCACGGACCUCUGUGGAUUAUCGCCGGCGUUCUGAGUACGGUCGGUUCCGGUGUCUGCGGAGGUUCAAUGAGCCUGACCGAGCUUAUCAUCGGUCGGUUGGUCCAAGGUAUUGGCGGAGGCGGUGCGACGGCGCUUUGCUUCGUGAUAAUGGCGGAUACAGCCCCAGAGUCCAUCCAGUCGCGAUAUUCAUGCUACAUCCUCCUGGCACGACUGAUCGGGUCAAUGUUGGGCCCUGCUGUCGGCGGCCUUUUUAUUGACAAGGGUAAUUGGACGUGGGCUUGUUAUUUCAACUUUGUCUUUUGUGGACUGGGGUUGUUGCUGAUCCCUAUCUCUGUGGAUUUGCGCGUCUCCAAGAAUAUCCCGCUCCGGAAGCUGCGCAUCUUGGAUUGGUCCGGAGCCACGAUGGCUUUGUUGGGUCCGUCAAGUAUUCUUAUCGGUCUAGGUUGGGGCGGAACUUUGUAUAAGUGGACUGAGUGGCGGACUCUGAUGCCGAUUGCUGUUGGUUUUGCGACACUCAUUGCAUUGGUGCUGUAUGAAUCGAUGUGGGCGUUGCAUCCGCAAUUCGGCGCAAAGGUAUUCAGGUCUCCGGCAGCGAUCAUGACCUACAUUGGCUGCUUCUGUCAUGGCUUUGUGAUCCUUUGCCAGAUGCAAUACUUUUCGCUAUACUUCCUGGCAACCAAGUAUUAUACCGCCACCGUUGCAGGAUUGGCACUGCUGGCUCUCACUGGACUGGCACUUACACCUGCAGCCGUGGUAGGAAUUGUACUCGCAAAUGAACCGCAAUGUUCUAAAUACAUCACCUCUGGCGGCUGGGUUUUGACCAUUCUCGCAUCCGGUUGCUCCAUCCUUCUCGACAGCAACACCCCGACUGUCGGAUGGGUUUUCUUGUUCUUCGCAGCUGGUCUGGGCCAUGGACUUCUUCUUGCAAGUUAUAACAUCGAGAUCCACAAUAUGCCCAAGAGUGAGGGGAAAUCGUUCGCCACCAAGCCGAUUGUCAUUUCCAACUUUAUGCGCGCGUGGGGGAUGACAGCCGCUAUUCCCAUGGGAGGCGUGGUGUUCCUGAACCUAUUUGGGGAUGAGCUUCAGAGCCUUGGACUAAAGCGUGAUCUGGUCAAUACUGCCAACGGAUAUCUAGUGCUGAUGAAUCAAGUACAGAUGUCAGCUGAUCAGAGGAGAGCUAUUCAGGAUGCCUCGGCCACGGCAUUGCAGAUUGUAUGGGAGCUUAUUACAGGCGUUAGCGCCGUGGGUGGCCUCUCCUCAGCCUUUCUGUGGAAGAAAAAGUCAUAG